UUCUACCUGGUAACAGAUGACGCUGCAUCACGUGACCUCUGUCCUCUGACUUUAGAGCCGCUCUCAGUCACAAAGUGUCAGUGUUGGUGAAGUGAACAGAGAACAUGGCUUCAAUUCUCAGCAUCUGCCUCCUCUUCAUCACUGUCUGCACUGCAGAUGGAUUCUAUAAUUUUGUUGUGAAUCGCUGUUUGUUUAACUCCACUGAACUGAACGACAUCGAGUUCAUCAGGUCUUAUUAUUACAAUAAACUGGAGAUGGUCCGGUUUGACAGCAGCGAGGGGGAAUAUGUCGGAUACACUGAGUUCGGCGUGAAACAGGCUGCCUACUGGAACAAAGAUAAAGCAGACGUGGGUGCGAUGAGAGCUCAGAAGGAGACUGUCUGCCUUAACCACGUUGGUAAUGCGUACCAGGCUGCUCUGACUAAAUCAGUUGAACCCACCGUCCGCCUUCACUCCACGACGCCCCCUGCUGGUCACCAUCCUGCCAUGUUGGUCUGCAGCGUCUACGACUUCUACCCCAAAGAGAUCAGAGUGAGUUGGACCAGAGACGGACACAAGGUCACCUCUGAUGUGACCUCCACUAAUGAGAUGGAGGACGGAGACUGGUUCUACCAGGCCCACUCUCACCUGGAGUACACACCCAGGUCUGGAGAGAAGAUUUCCUGUGUGGUGGAACACGCCAGCCUGAAGCAGCCUCUGGUCGUGGACUGGGAUCCAUCGAUGCCUGAGUCAGAGAAAAACCAAAUCGCCAUCGGAGCCUCUGGACUGAUCCUGGGUCUGAUCUUAUCUCUGGCUGGAUUCAUCUACUACAAGAGGAAGGCCAGAGGACGUAUUCUGGUUCCUACCAACUGAUCCUGAGCCGGUUCCUGAUUGUCAAAGCUUCAACCUACUGGACCAGCUGAGCUCUGAGUUUUCUGAUGGUCCUUGUCUAAAUGUCAGCUGAUCAUUGUUUAUUUUUUUUCUAUUUGACAUAUUCAAUUUUUAACAGAAUCCAUCAUGACGAUGGUUUUAAUCUGAGCAGUGGAAUCAAUAAUCGAGUUUCUAUGUCUCAUUUUCUCUACUUGUCAUCAUGUGAUCACUGCUUUUAAUCAUGUAGAGGUGUGAUGAGUUUCUACUGGUCUUUACUAAACUGUGAGAAAAUCCUCA